UCAGGCUGGUGCUUCAAAAAGAGCUCACGUGCAAUAUAAAUACUGCAGUAGCUCUCUUUGAUUUUUUUUAUAUUCGUAUUUUGGAAGUAUUAUUUGUAGUUUUUUUAGAUUGAAAAACUCCGGAAACGUUUUUUGUGUGACGACAGAGAGGUCAAAGGUCAGAUGAACCCGGAACAUCAACAAAGCAAACAAAGGCGGCGUUCCGUUUAACCGUGAGACCCUCCGUCAUGUCCUCCGGUGUAUUGCUGGCGGCUCUCUGCCUGCUCCUGACCCGCCUGUCCGGCUCCUCUCUGUCGGUGCCGGACAUCCCGCACAUCGCCGCUUACUUCGGUACAAAGACCCGGUACGAGGAGGUGAACCCGCACCUGCUGCGGGACGUUUUCUCCGUCAACAAGUCCGUGUUGAAACCUCCGCCCACUGAGCGCUGCUCCCCGGUCCACCUCACCGCCGUCAUCCGGCACGGCAGCAGGUACCCGACCGUCAAGAACAUCCGCAGGAUCCAGAAACUGAGCGAGCUGGUCCGGCGGGAAGCGACCCGAGGCUCCGGGGGCUCCGCCGGGGGCUCCACUGGCACCGCGGGCUGGCUGCAGGACAUCCACAGCCGCUGGGAGAUGUGGUACACCGAGGACAUGGACGGUCAGCUGGUGACGAAGGGCAGGCAGGAGCUCCGUCAGCUGGCAAGGCGUCUGUCCGUCCUGUUUCCGUCUCUCCUGUCGGAGGACAACAUGAGGAGGAUCAGUCUGAGGAGCAGCUCCAAGCAUCGCUGUGUGAGCAGUGUGGAGGCGUUUCAGGAGGGUCUGCAGCAGCAUUGGAGACACACAGAGGUGCAGUAUGGACACCAGGUAGACGACGAGCUGAUGCGCUUCUUUGAGCGUUGUCGUGGUUAUGUGGAGGGCGUGGAGAAGAACCGCACAGCGCUGCUGGAAGUGGAGAAGUUCAAACACGGGGAGGAGAUGGACGGAGUGAGGAGGAAGAUAGCCGAGAGGCUGGGCCUUCCUCACCACCGCCUCACACCUGAUCUGGUUGAAGCAGCAUUCUUCUUGUGUUCCUACGAGCUGUCCAUCAAAUCUCUUCACUCACCGUGGUGCUUCCUGUUUGAAGAGGACGACGCAAAGGUGUUGGAGUACAAGUCGGACCUAAAGCAGUACUGGAAGCGUUCUCACGGUCAUGUGAUCAGCAGUCUGUCCAGCUGUCCUCUGUUUCAUCACGUCUUCAGGACACUCGACAAGGCCGGACGUCCACGCAGGUCCACGGACGCAGCACCUGAGCCAGCCUCCAUCCUGAUGGGUCACGCUGAGACGAUCCUCCCCCUCCUCUCUCUCCUGGGACUCUACAAAGACCAAACUCCACCCAAGGCCGACAACUACCGCACACAGCACGGUCGAAGUUUCCGGACCAGUCUCAUUGUCCCAUACGCUGCCAACGUCCUCUUCGUCCUGUAUGACUGCCAGCGAGGCCCGCGGCUGCAGCUGCUCAUCAACGAAUCUCCGGUUCGAUUCCCGGGACUGGAGGAGGAAGAUGCACCGCUGUACCGGGACGUCAGGGCUACGUACCGCCACCUGUUGGACGGCUGCGACUUCCACAGGGAAUGUGAGUGGAGGAGCGGAGGCCGCGGACCAAACACUGAGCUGUGAGUGAAGAAUCAGGUCCUCCAGACGCGAAGCCUUAAUCAGUAUAUACUGAUACACUGAUCUGUCAACACUGGAGUCGCUUCAGACGUUCUCUGCAUUCUCACCCAUUAGACGUGAAAUGAAAACCGCUCUUUAAACCCCGCCCCCCGAACAGUGAGUGUCCAAUCAUAUCACAGCAACAGUGUGCAUGUACACGAAGGCAGCACAUGGAGCUGUGCUCACACAGAGACUCUGUAUAGAGAAAGUUUCCAAAACACAAAGUGUAAAGACCCCAGUCAUGGCCCCCUGCUGGUGGCCUGUAGAAACUGACCUCUGCUUUAAUGUGAUGUCAUCAGUUUGUGUUAAAUUAAAAAGAUUAAAGGUAAAAAAAAGCACUUGUUUUAAUAUAUUUCUCCUUUUAGAGGACUUCUUCCUAUUUUUAUGUCUGAUAUGUGGUGACUGCUGCGGUUCACUGAAGCACAUCAGCUGUUUGAUUUCUGACUUCUGCUGUCGGCUGGCUGGUUGUUGACCAUCAGUGUGUUUAAAAGCGUAACAUGAUGUUAAAACGAACCUGAUUUUUCAGACAUGUUUACGUGUAACUGAGUUUCCAAUUGGCCUUUUUGAAAACGGGCAGAAAAUGUCAUAAACCUGCAGUUUGUUUACGUCAGGUUAAAAUCUUUAUAACCACGACAUGAUGGAAAAAAGCACUGGAGUAAAGGAAUUGUUAAGUAAUUAAAUGAAUUCUAAAAAUAUUAUUUAAAAAUGUUAUUUCAUCAUUCUGAUUUUAAUAGCUGCAGAUUUUAUUCACUUUUUCUUCUCAGUUUUCUUCUGUUGGGUGUUUGAUUUUGGUGAACUGACCCUUUAAUCUGCUAUAAACCAGUCAGUUAGGAAAACGGUCAUUUUUAGUGGUGGCACUGCAGGAUCUAUGUUGCUUUAUGUUCUUUAUUUAUUCAGAUUUGAACGAUCGUGUGACGUGUGUUUGCUGUGAUCAAACUGACUGAAGAUAAUGAGGCUGUUCAGUUCUGGGUCGGCUGCAGAAUCUAAGCUGGCUCUGUGUUGUGUCUUCAGGGUGAAUUCAUUUUAUAUUUCUGUUGUUGACUGUCAAUGUCAUUGUGCCCAAAUGACAGCUGAGCUUUUUAAACUGGUGGCAGGUUUCACUCGGUGCUUCUUUCUUGUUUGACUUCCUGUGGAGUUGUCAUUUAAUUACAGAACGAUGGAUGCCAAAUGUUUUUAAUUGAAAAGCUUUAAUAAACAUUUUUCACAGUG